GUGUUGUUGGGAUGGCAAGAACGGUGUUCAACCGAAGUGUCAUAAUCAACUAACAAAUUGUUUGACACACCCUAGAAAGAUUAUUAAAAGAUGAAGUAAUGCCAUCAGUAACUACAUAGUCAAAGGGGGUUGUAAACUUCAUACAUCCGUCGAUUGUUUGGCCCCUGCGUUCGUAAAAAGCAGGUUGUUCACCGCUGAAGUUUGGAAGAUUGGUAGUUGCAGUUUGUAGAUAUGGAUAACCCUCCAAACCAGACCAUAUACAUCAACAAUCUGAAUGAAAAAGUUAAGAAAGAUGAGUUGAAGAAGUCUUUAUAUGCAAUAUUUUCACAAUUUGGCAAUAUUCUGGAUAUUGUUGCAAUGAAGACAUUGAAAAUGAGAGGACAGGCGUUUGUCGUGUUUGCAGACAUUGCAAGUGCUACAAAUGCUCUAAGAUCAAUGCAAGGAUUCCCAUUUUAUGAUAAACCUAUGAGGAUACAAUAUGCUAAAAGUAAGUCUGAUGCAAUUGCUAAGCUUCAAGGGACCUACACGCCCAGAGAAAAAAGGCCAAGAGAAAAGAAGACAGAAGAAGCAAAAAAAGCUCCAGCCAAAAAAGCUGCUGCCAAACAACCAAAUAGAGCAGCACCUCAAGUGGCUAUGCAACCUAACAUGAUGCCUCACAUGGUCCCUAUGCAACAACCUGAUGUACCUGCUUUACCGAACAAGAUCCUAUUUUUAACCCAACUACCCCCAGAAACCACACAAAUGAUGUUGGCUAUGCUGUUCAACCAAUUUCCUGGUUUCCGAGAAGUCCGAUUAGUUCCUGGAAAAUCCGACAUCGCUUUCGUGGAAUUUGAUAACGAAAUUCAAGCAGGGACAGCGAAGGAUGCGCUGCAAGGUUUUAAAAUCACGCCGACAAAUGCAAUGAAGAUAACUUUCGCGAAGAAAUGAAAACAUUCGUACACGUUUUAUACAAAUAUCAAGAUUAAUCCAACACACACAGAGUUACCUAAAGUUCAUUC